AUGCGCAUGCGCAGUGCUGUGCGUGGUGCACAACGAGUCGAGUGCGGACAACGCUGUGCUGCGGACAUGGCUAGUGCUAACGCCCCAGCAUCAGGAGAUGAACACGAAGAAAAACCUCAGGUGUUCCUAUCCCAUUCGACGUACCGUAAGCGAGUGAAGCAGGAGUACACGCGGAUAUGUCAGGCCAAGCGAGCCAAGCUGCUCUCCGACCUCCGCUCGGAGAUGCUGGAGAACCGGGUGUUGCUGCGGCAGCUGGCGAAGGAGCUAGAAGCGAGACCGCCGCCUGCGGUAAAGCCGUUGUUUCCGGAGCCCUGCGCAGGCAUGGAGCCACUGAGGACCGUGUCAGUCAGUUUUACCAGCGCUGGCAGCAAGACCACCUAUGUGAAGGCUCCUCUGGCCCUAAUCCCAGCGAUCCCUGCCCUCCCUCGCUACAACAUGUGGUGCUCGACACAGCAGAAUUUCUUGGUUGAGGAUGAGACUGUACUCCACAAUAUCCCGUACAUGGGCGAAGAGGUCUACGAGCUGAUCAAGAACUACGACGGCAAGAUCCACGACUCCAAACAAGAGGCGCGCAGUUCUCUUUCGGACGACGAUCUUCUCAAUCUCGUGGACUCCAUGAAGAGGUACCAUUGCAACCCUCCUAAGAUGACACGGGGACCGGCUAAAGCAGGAGAUGUACCUGCUGUCACGUCAAAAGAGGACCGUACGAACCAGGCGUUCUCAGUGAUAGCACAGGUGGUGGGGGUCAACGAGAGGCCGUCUCUGCUGAAGGAGAGACACAAGAAGUUGACCAGUGGAGGGGGAGCUUCGCAGGCCAUCCCAAACCUCGAUGAUCCAGACAUACCUCCACUGUCCCGGUCCCAGGCCCUACACUCCUACCAGACGCUGUUCUGUCGAUGCUGCUACAAGUAUGACUGUUUCUUGCACGGCUGGCACCCCACCCCACCACCCACCACACAUCUCAGUCACCCCGAGGCCCAACCCAAGAAGACACCCUGUGGGCCCAACUGCUUCCUCCAUCUCUUCUCAGUCAUCAGUAGCAGAAGCCCAUGCCACACUCUCACGCUCCCAAAGACGGCAGUCUCUCGACCACGCCUAGGUCGCUGGGGUCACCGCCACCACCCGGGCGGAGUCAUCGUCCCGCCCUCCGCUGUCCCAUCUUCAACCUCCACCCACCCCGCCUCUUCCCUACCUUCCCCUGCUCUCAUCAAACCCGGCACCUCCGGUUUCAGACCAGCCUCCAUUCAGGAGGACCCAAACACUCCCGACAUCUCGUUUAGUAGCAGCGACGACGAGUCCGAUUCCGAUUCUCCAUUCCCCAAUUCCAGCGACUCUGGAACCGAGACACCCGACCCCGUGACCUUUGAAAAACCGACAGCUGCUCCCCUCCCUACCGUCAAACUAACCGACGGAGCCCUUGACUGUGAGGGGGAAGGGGAGACGUCAGCUGACGAUACUGUCACCACUAAACAAUCAGCUAUUACUACCUCUGCUAACACGUCGAUGGCACAGUCUGAGAACGUCGUAAAGGAGACCGAGAAUGAGAUACCGGAUGGUUGGAACGGAUCCGAGGUGACAAUGUUCAGAAUGCUUCAUCCGUUGUUUGGUCACAACUACUGUACGUUGGCUAGAGAUGAUCAGGACAAAGACAUGUCGGGAACUGUACAAAUAUGGACUCUGUGUGUCCGCCGAGCUACUGCGCCUCAACGGAGAGGCCCAAGAGAGGCAGCUGCUACCCAGCAAGAAGAAGAAAAAGAACAUGAGAUCCUGUCUCACAUAAGUCAAUUCAUUAUCGGUGGUCUCCCUCUCCCCACCAACAGAACGUGGUCCCAUCAUCACAGAAAGAUUCAGUCAAAGCUGGAGGGACAGGCCAGCAGUCGGUACCACUACACCCCCUGCCUCCACCCCGGCAAGCCAUGCGACAGUUCCUGCCCUUGCGUGGGCACGCGCAACUUCUGCGAGAAGUACUGCUACUGCAGUUUGGAGUGUCAGAACAGGUUCCCCGGGUGUCGGUGUCGGACCGGCUCCUGUAACACCAAACACUGUCCGUGUUUCCUGGCAGUCAGGGAGUGCGACCCUGACCUGUGCAACCUGUGUGGAGCUGGAGAAGGCAUGGAGGACAAGUCUGUGGUCUGCAACUGUAAGAACGUGGCGAUCCAGAGGGAGUAUCGGAAACACCUCCUGCUGGCUCCGUCGGAUGUGGCCGGUUGGGGGAUCUUCAUCAAGGAGGGGGCAGAGAAGAAUGAGUUCAUCAGUGAAUAUUGUGGAGAGGUGUACUACGUGGUGGAUGCGACCAGGAAGGGGAACAAGAUUCGAUUCGCCAACCACUCCAUCCAUCCCAACUGCUUCGCCAAGGUGAUGGUCGUCAACAGCAACCACCGCAUCGGGAUCUACGCCAAGCGUAACAUUGAACCGGGGGAGGAGCUCUUCUUUGACUACAGGUCAGGUGACUGUCAGGACAGUAGCCUCCUCGGGUAUGGCCCCACAGAGCAGCUCAAGUACGUCGGUCUUGAGAGAGAACAGAACAACUGAUGUGUCAUGUGACACUCAUUAUGAUCUUCCUGUCACAUGACACUCACAUGAUCUUUACUGAUUGAUCAUGUCAUGACACUUUUAUCAUAAUUGUGACUUUCAUCACUAUCUCCAACAUCUGUUUAUUUUUAGAGGUGCAGAGAAAUAGUUUGCUACUAAAUUAAUUAUAGUCUAUAAAUCUUGUGUCAAGAAUUACAACCUAAUGUUCCCAUUGGCAAUCUCAGCCUGUAGCUCAUUGGUAAGAGAGACGUAUGUCUUCAACAGUGGAUGGAGGAAGAAUACGGGAUCCGGCACUUUGUCAACGUCAUAUCCCUCGUUACGGAGGUCAACUUUUUUCAACUUUAGAGUCCCCGUGGUGGUCGCCGACGAGCUGAGCCUGACGAAAAGAGGGACGGCAUACGCUGGGAGAGAAAGAGACAGCUGUUGCAGGAGUUUGGCGAGGUUGACCGUCUCUUCGGUCCCGACGAUUGCGGCCAUACCGGCCCGGCCCUCCAUCCCUGGCACCUCCACCCCAUAGACCGUCACAUCCCUGUGGUCCAGUAUCUGUUGUACGACCCCCUCCACCUCCAUCGUAGAAACAUUCUCCCCUUUCCAUCGGAAAGUGUCUCCGGUCCGAUCGCAGAAAUAAACGUAGCCCUCUUCGUCCAUCUUCAUUAUGUCUCCGGAGAGGAAAAACUCGUCUCCCGGUUUGAAUACGUUUCGAAGGACCUUUUUCGACGUCGCCUUCUUGUCUUCGUACCCGUCGAAGCGUCUGUGGGUGAGUCUGACGCUGAUCUGCCCCGCCGCCUCCCCUCUCUCACCCACGUCCGCCAGAACACAGUACCCGUUUGAGUCUCUCACGUGUUUGCCAUUUCCGUCGACUUUGAGCAGUUUCAGGGGGUUUAGGGCGGGGAUGAUGACGGACACAGUCCCGCAAGCCCCCGGUGUCCCCUUGUAGUUGACUACGUUCACGUUGCCCUCUGUGGACCCGUAGAACUCGAUGAUUCGUUGAAUGAAGAACCGUUUCUGGAACUGCUUCCAUAUCUGU